AGAAAGGAAGAUGGAAGCAUUUUUCAUGGCAAGAUGAACCGAACAUCCAUUGUUGUUUUCCAUUUCAAGUAUCUGUAAUCUGCAUUCCAUUUUAUAAUCAUCAUCAUUAUUUGCAAUGAAAUUUUAAUAAAUUUUGCAUCUCAGCAAAGUGAAGAUUGUAUCAAUUACGGAAGUUUUGCCCUGGACAAACGCCAUUCGGACUACAGCAUGUUAACGAAACCCACAUGUCUAAAUUCCUUCUCUACUCUUCCUCCUAAAACUAGAGUUGAUAUAGAAUAUGAAGAUGAUUGGUCUGAACGUGUUGAGUUUUAUUCUAUUCUCAAUUUUGAUGUUGCCAAUCUUGACAACUUUCUGAAUCAGCUGGCUGAAAAAGGGCCUAACAGUGGAUUCUACAAAACCACAGCAGGGGAGAAGUCAGACGAGGUUUAUUGUCUUGUGCAGUGUAGAAAGGAUGUUUCUGCAGCAAACUGUGCUAACUGCACAAACCAAUCCAUAACUGUGGCCGUUCAGGAUUGCCCCAAGAGCAAAACGGUUAAGGUUUGUUUCACAUGGUGCUAUCCCCGGUAUUCAGAACAGCCUUUCUUUAGUGUGGGGGAUAAAUCCUCAGCAGCAAUAUACAAUUGCACCGACUCUGAUAACCCAUCUGUUGCAUCCCAAGGGUUCGACUUCAUGAACGAGUUUGCAGCUGUCGCUGCAAAUCAGACUCUGAUGCUUCAGGCUGGAAGGCCGGAUGUUGGACAUAGCGGGUGGAGGUCUGGUAUGGUCCAGUGCAAUAGGGAUAUUAGUCGAGCUAGCUACAGCAAGUGCUUGGAUGCUCAGAGGCAUGACUAUCAGUUCUAUUUCAACAUCUCCACCUCUUCUAAUGAUGGCAAAUUACAGAACUACAUUAAUCAUUGUUUUGCCUUGAUCUUGAAGUUAUACUUGCAAUAUGCCUGUAGCCAUUGGAUGUUGUUCAGUUAUGCAAGGUUGAAGGAAAGCCCAACAAUGGCACAAUUGAAAAGAAACGCAGAGUAUGAGGCAGAGUCUUGUGACUUGAGCAGGCUUUCCAUUAAAGCACUCACUAGAAAAUUACAAGCUCACGAAAAAAGACUUGCAAUGAGACCUGAUGAAAGUGUCGAAGGAGCAUGUCAAGCUAUGGACAAGGGGAAAUAUUCAGUUGCAAGAUUAGAUUGGAAGCAGGAAGCUAACAAAGUUGAAAAAGGAGGACAAAUCAUCUUGAAAAAGACUGUUGGCACAAAGGAAAGCCAAGAGGAUUCUUGGUAUGUUGAUAGUGGCUGUACAAAUCAUAUGGUCAGAGAUGUGAAGCUAUUUACGAAGCUAGACAAGUCUUUUCGAACAAGAGUCAGACUUGGCAGUGGAUAUGUAGUGCAAGCAGGUGGCAAGGGCAAUGUCUCAAUUCAAACUAAGGAAGUGAAGUAUACACCGCAGCAAAAUGUUGUUUUUGAGAGAAAAAGUGGUGGUGGAAAUGGCUGGAAGCAUGUGCAUACUGCUGUUUAUUUGCUGAAUGGUCUUCCAACUAGAGCUGUUGAAGGUAAAACUCCUAUUGACGCUUGGUUUGGACUUAAGCCUUUAGCUUAUCAUUUGAAGGUUUUUGGUUCUAUGUGUUAUAUGCAUGUUCCAGCAGCUAAAAGAACCAAGUUGGAUGAGAAAGCUAAGAUGGGAAUUUUGGUUGGUUAUGCAGCAAAGUCAAAGGGAUACAGAAUUUACAAUUUGCAGUCUCAAAAGUGGAAGUGCAUAGAGAUGUUUUAAUUGAUGAAUCUGCUUCUUAGAGCUGGGAUGAUCAGAAAUUAUUAAGGAGUCUUCUUUUUAGUUAAAUGGAGACUUGAAUGUUAAACAAAGUAGAGCUUCUACUUCUAAACACCAAAAUGUUGUUGAAACUGAUGAUGAUUCACCUCCUUUGAAGGUAAAGUCACUUGAAGAUGUGUAUGCUAGCUACAAUUUGGUUACUUAUGAUCCAACUUGUUUUAUUGAAGCUUAAAAACAUGAUGAGUGGAUGGUAGCUAUGAAAGAAGAGCUGGUUAUGAUUGAAAAGAACAAAACUUGAUCACUUUG